AUGUCCUUACAAUUCAAUGAACAUUCUCUCUGCCAUUUCCAUAAUCUGGGCACUUUAAGUGUCAGCGCAACCUUGCUUUCUCAAACAAUGUCAUCGAGCACGAAAAACCUUCCCAAUCAAUCUACUUCAAAAAUACCUUUGGACAGCGAAGGAAAACCUCUUAAACCCUGUUGUGCAUGUCCAGAAACACGUCUCAAGCGUGAUCAGUGCGUUCUAAUGUAUGGCGAGGACAUGUGUGCAAAUGUGAUCAUGGAGCAUAAAGAAUGUUUGAGAAAACUUGGUUUUGCUGUGUAG